UCUUCUUCAGAACAGAAAACGAAUUCGAGAGAAUGGCAAGAACCAAGCAGACGGCUCGUAAGUCCACCGGUGGUAAAGCCCCGAGGAAGCAGCUCGCCACCAAAGCCGCCCGUAAGAGCGCUCCGGCUACCGGCGGAGUCAAGAAGCCUCAUCGUUACAGGCCCGGCACCGUGGCUCUGAGAGAGAUCCGUCGCUAUCAGAAGUCCACCGAGCUGCUGAUCCGCAAGCUGCCCUUCCAGCGUCUGGUGCGAGAAAUCGCUCAGGACUUCAAGACGGACCUGCGCUUCCAGAGCUCCGCUGUCAUGGCCCUGCAGGAGGCCAGCGAGGCUUAUUUGGUCGGUCUGUUUGAGGACACCAACCUGUUACUUCGUGUAGACAUGUCUGGAAGAGGCAAAGGUGGUAAAGGUCUCGGAAAAGGAGGCGCUAAGCGUCACCGUAAAGUUCUUCGUGAUAACAUCCAGGGAAUCACUAAACCCGCCAUCCGUCGUCUCGCUCGCCGCGGCGGAGUCAAGCGUAUCUCCGGUCUGAUCUACGAGGAGACCCGCGGUGUGCUGAAGGUGUUUCUGGAGAACGUGAUCCGUGAUGCGGUGACCUACACCGAGCACGCCAAGAGAAAGACCGUCACCGCCAUGGACGUCGUGUACGCUCUGAAACGACAGGGACGCACUCUGUACGGCUUCGGAGGUUAAACAUCCGUGUCAAAAAAAACAACGGCUCUUUUAAGAGCCACCUAUUUUUUCCAAAAAGGCUGUAUUUCAUGAGUUAUUUUUUAAUAACUUAACGCGCGCGUUUGAUUUUACAAAAAACACUGAACUUGAGAGCCAGCGGGCUUUAAUUAAAUGACU